AUGUGUAUUGUCGCCACCUACUGGGCUCUGGGGUCUGAUCCCUACAGGCUAUGGGGCCUGAUCCCUACAGGCUCUGGGGCUCUGGGGUAUGAUCCCUACAGGCUCUGGGGCCUGAUCCCUACAGGCUCUGAUUCUGGGGCUCUGGGGUCUGAUCCCUACAGGCUCUGGGAUCUGAUCUCUACAGGCUCUGGGGCCAGAUCCCUACAGGCUCUGGGGUCUGAUCCCUACAGGCUCUGUGGUCUGAUCCCUACAGGCUCUGGGGCUCUGGCAUCUGAACUCUACAGGCUCUGGGGUCUGAUCCCUACAGGCUCUGGGGCUCUGGGGUUUGUUCCCUACUGUCACGUCUGCUCCCUCUCCGGCCUCUUGGUCACCAGGCUGCUCGUUAUGGCGCACACCUGUCACCAUCGUUACGCGCAUCAGCACAGCGUCGUGAAGAAGGUGCAGCAGCGCCUCUUCAACCUCAGGAGGCUGAAGAACUUCGGCUGGUCACCAAAAACACUCACAAACUUCUACAGAUGCACAAUCGAGAGCAUCCUGGCGGGCUGUAUCACCGCCUGGGCAUUUCUACACGUAACACAGUACUGCGCCAGAGAACUGAAGUCAUUGAAGUCCAUACCUCAUGGAGGCUGUCUCCAGCGGUCCACACCGAGAGCCUCAGGAUGCCUAUCAUCUUUUACAGGAAGACUUUCUUCCCUGUUGACGUUCCAAUGGGGUGUAUAUUCCAAACCUUCCCCGGCGAACAAGUUAGAGGUCUUCAUCCUCUUCUGUUUCUGUCUCGUCAUCGGUGCAGCGAUAGGAGGUCUUCUACACGUCUGGAUGGUCUACAGUCUGAACUACCAGCCCUUUACCUCAAUGGUGGUGUCCAGUACCUGGGGCUGUAUAGUAGUCCUGCUGUUGCUCCUCCUCCACCCCGUCCGCUGUGUCCUCUCUAUGUCAGUGCCCUCCCUGGGAACCAAACAGGGCAGGAAGAUCCUCAUCUCCACCGCCCUGGUUAUUGUGGUGACCAGCUGCAUCCCCAACAUGACCAGGAACUUGAGCCGCUCUGUUGACAUGAUCAAGUGCUCCUCCCACAGCACCGCCGAGAGAAUCCUGGCCUCCACCAGUCAAGUAAACAAUGCCCUACACGACAUGAAGAAUUUAAUCGGAAGCAUACCGAGACUUGUGAACAGCGACCGGUUCUUGCAGAUCGAGCAGAAAGUGGAUGUGGAGGAGAUGAAGAUGGGUAUCAGAAACGCCUCGGCCAGACUGAAGGCUGAGUUCAAAGCCAUGCAGGAUACUCUGGAGGUCACAGGUCACGUAGCCCAGAAGGUCAUCGCCUCCUCCUUCAUCAUGCUGCUGCUGGGGAGUUCUGCCAGUUACCUGGUCAGGUAUCUCACAGACCUAAAGCACGACAAUGUGUGUCAGACACGCCGGCUACAGGAGUUACUGAGGGCCCGGGGGGUGGAGGAGCUCCCAGAGGCCUACAGAAAGAGGCUGGUGAGGACCAGGGGCUGGAGGAUGACAAAGAGGGAGCUGAGACGAUGCCUGUGGGGAGGCACCAUCCUGGGCUUCUACUGCCUGGUAUGUGCCCUGGUCCUAGGGCUCGACCACCUCAUCUACUCUGUCCUGCAGACGUCUCUGAGCUGGGCACAGGACAUUCCUGAGGUGAAAACUACCAUUUCACUCCGUAUGAAGAUUACAGUCCUAAUCAUUGACCUUAUCCGUGAACCUGCUGGAGAAAUGAACAAAGAGUAUCGCUACAGGAUCCUGCUGUUGCCCCCGGACUGCGUCGUCCGUCCCCCAGACCCGUCUGUCCUCUCCACCACCGCAGCCCUCUUCCUCACCGCCCUGGUCAUGAUUCUGGGAGAGGUGUUCACCAGGAGGAUCAGGAGGAAGAUCUGUUCGUCCUUCUACAGAGACAGAGAGGAGGAACGAGCCUUGUACCUGCGGGACAAGAUUCUAUUAAAGCUGGAGGAUGAGGGAAAUAUUUCCUAGAUCGGUAAACUGGAAGGCGGAUCAGACCAUAAACCUCGGGAACAAGAUUCUACUGCAGACCAACGAUGACUGGAAAUGAACAAGAUUCUACUGCAGACCAACGAUGACUGGAAAUGAACAAGAUUCUACUGCAGACCAACGAUGACUGGAAAUGAACAAGAUUCUACUGCAGACCAACGAUGACUAGAAAUGAACAAGAUUCUACAUAUACAUUAAUCAAUCAAUCAUGUCAAUAAGAUAAUUGACUUUAAAUCUUAUUAAAAUCAGCAUUACCUAUC